UCAGAGUAAAUCUUGAAAUAUGUUUUUUGACUUGUUUUUAUCCUAGCUACCAUGGCAGCCAUAGCAUGUUUUAAAAUUGAACUUGAACCAAUCAGAUGAUAUUAUAGAGAAAGAGAGACACCUGGUGGCAUCUCAUCUGCACUUUUAUAAACAGGGAGUUUUUUUAUUUACAGCACCAGCUUCACCUCAUCCAUUUAUAACCAUGUCCACACCACCCACCUCGCCUUCAGACUAUAGAGACCCCUCAGCUCCUGGUGCUGAUCCUGCUGAAGGACUUUCCCUGAAUCUGCUCCUCACUCCUCGUCUCGACGAAGUGGAGAACAUGCUUCCAGACUACCAGGAGGAAGAGGAGGAGAAAGAGGAGGAGGAAGAGGAGGAAGAAGAGGAGGAGGAGAGUUGGGAUGAGUGGGACGAGGAAAAAGAGAGUACAGAAGAGGAAGAGUCUGAGGAGGAAGAUCUUCAAGACAACCAGGCCUCAAGCUCCACAGGUUGCCACACAUUCCCAGUUCUGAUUCCAUAUACUGAAGAAGGGGUUGAUGGCUCGACUAUCUGCUUCCUGAGCUUAACAGAGUGGCUGGCUCGGAUUCGCAGAUCUACGCCCCUCAAACAUAGCAAUACCAAUGUGGUGAUGGACGAAGAAAAGGAAUGCUCACCCUGCUAGGACUAGAGAUACUGACUCUGACACUUUACAGUUUUAUUUAUAAUAAACAGACUAUUAUAA